AUGUCCGGCGGAUGGAAUUUCUUCGUUCAGGCUGAGAGGUUUUACGCCCAAGGCGAUGUCGAUAAGACUUUUGAAUAUUACCAGAAAGCUAUCAAAAAGAUCGUUAAGGAUGAAAACGUCACGGCGCAGAUGCCAAUACCUAGCGGCUCGAUGCCUGAUAACACCUUUCCAACGGAGACGUUAGGUGGAGCAUGGAGGAACUUCAUUGGAUUCUUCAAGGAUCCAGCAGUUGGAAAGACCAAAGAAAAUUCGCCGGACGCGUACAAACUUCUUUAUAGCUACCGUCCGAAUUCCAAUAGCGAGCACCCCCGUUUUCGUACUGAUAAAGCCAAGCUCUACCUGAAGGGCACGCAGAUCACUGCUGGGCUGACGCUCGGGCUGCUCGCCUGGGAUGCGAAGGACAGACCCACCGCCAUGAAACGUUACCGCGAAGCUCUAGAUCUUGCUGCCACCCAUCCACCGUACUCUAACAUCGCUCAUGCACGUGAGCCUUGGGAUCGGUUCAUCUGCAAUGAUGUGGAGGCUGCGCGAGACAACCUCGCUAUCUUGUUUAAGAACGAUCACGAGAAUGCGCAGCUACUGAAGAUGUUCGGUAUCGAGGGCGGGGAUACGAGGAAGGAGGUAUUGGAUAUAGGAUACGUUCGGUAUGAGGCGGAUGGGAGGGUUACAUUUGAGAGGAACGUGGUGAUCGCGUCGGAUGCCUGUGCAGCGUGUGAGAAGCGGGAUAUGAAGCUGCAGAAGUGCGGCCGCUGCAAGAACGUGGCUUAUUGUGGACCCGAAUGCCAGAGGGCCCAUUGGAAGAAGCAUAAACCGGUUUGCGUUCCUGCUUAA